CUUGGAUUGGAGGACGACUGACGAAGCCCAGACUCAGCCAACCCUCUCACCCAGGCCGAGCCCACGGUUAUGCUCCAGGUAGCGGGCUGGAUCGAGGCAUACCCCACGGCUCGGGAAACAGCUGACGUGGUGGCUACAAUACUCCUCGAGCACAUCUUCCCGAGGUUCGGAUUUCCCCAGACCCUCCAGUCAGACAACGGACCCGCCUUCGUCUCCAGUGUAACCCAACAGGUAACUGAGAGCCUCAACAUAACGUGGAAACUUCACAUCCCAUACCACCCACAGUCAUUGGGUAAGGUAGAAAAAGCCAGUGGGCUGCUCAAAGCCCAACUCACCAAACUUACCCUAGAGACCAUAUCUCGGGCCCACACUUCUGCCCCUGGCUCUCACCAGACUCUGGGCUACGCCCCGCGGGCCUUUGGGCUUAAGCCCAUUCGAAUUACUAUUUGGCCGGCCCUUUCUUGGAAAUCAUAGCCUUCCGGCCAUUUCCCCGCCUCUUUUAUCCUAUCUACCUUACCUCACUCUACAUCGUAGGGAUACCCCUCCCUAUUGACUGGCCACUCCCCAACUUCAAGGCCACAAAUAAUACGGUCCAUAUUGGCCCCAUGGGGGAAACAUACCUAUUAUUAAUGUGUCCUCCCCUCUUACCACCGCAGCUGCCAACAUCACUAACUCCUCCCUCCCGUAUUGUACUCCCUCGGGAAUAUUUCUCUCGUGCCCUCAGGGAACCUAUCGCUGCCUGACCACUAAUGACUCCCUGGGCUAUAUAUUCAUUCUACUAUCUCCUUCUACCACCAUCUACUCUGAAUCCCAGCUGCUAUCCAUCCUAUUCCCCCAACACCAUGGAGGAAGGGCUGCCUUUCUCCCAUUCAUAAUAGGGGCAGGAGUAGCCACAGGGGUGGCAACCGAGACAGUGGGGAUAGGAACUUCCAUAGACUUUUAUUACAAACUCUACAAAGCCCUGAAUGAUGGCAUGGAACGGGUUGCUGACUCCCUCACAGCCCUACAGACGCAAGUCACCAGCCUGGCAGCCUUAGCUCUACAGAACCGACGGGCCUUAGACCUUCUGACCCCCGAAAAAG